AUGAGUGCAGUGAGUGCGGUGUCGAGCUACGGCCAAGGAGAAUGCAAGAUACUGAGUCAGAGGAAACCCAGAGGAGGAGUUGUGAAUGUGCUGCAGACACAGCACCCACAAGCCCUCCUUCUCAUCUCAGGAGACUUUAAUCAUGUUUCUCCAUCCUCCACUCUGUCCACCUUCACGCAAUAUGUAACCUGCCACACUAGAGACAAUAAAAUACUGGACUUGUUUUAUGCCAACACAAAGGAGGCUUAUAACUCAUCACCUCUCCCUCCCCUUGAAAGAUCUGAUCACAAUCUGGUUCAUCUUCUGCCUGUGUACAAACCCCUUGUGCACAGAGAACCAGCAGUCACCCGCACAGUGAAGAAAUGGUCUAAGGAGACUGAAGAGGCUCUGAAGGACUGUUUUGAAACAACAGUGUGGGAAGAACUGUGUGACCCUAAUGGGGAGGACAUUGACAGUCUCACUCAUUGCAUCACGGAUUAUGUCAACUUCUGUGUGGAGAACACUGUCCCCACCAAGACUGUUCGGUGUUUCUCCAACAAUAAGCCAUGGAUAAAUCCUGACAUAAAGGCUCUCCUAAAAAAGAAAAAGAGGGCCUUCAGAUCGGGCGAUAAGGAUGAGCUGAAAGCUGUGCAGAGAGAACUGAGAAGGAAGAUCAGAGAGGGGAAAGCUGGCUACAGGAAGAAGUUGGAAGAAGAACUACAGCAGAACAAUGUCAGUGGAGUUUGGAAAGGCCUUAAAACCAUCUCUGGUCACAAGAAGCCUGACUCCCAGGUGGUGGGGGACCAGAAGUGGGUGAACGAACUCAAUUUGUUCUUCAAUAGAUUUGAUCACUCACAUGUCCCUCCCCCUACACAGACAUCACAGCUGAACCCCCCUUCUGUGGCACCACCAACAUGCUGCCCUCCCCCUUCUCUCACACUCACGCCCUUAUCACAGCCACCCCCCACUGGUUCAUCUGCUGGCAACUUUAACUUCCCAUUCACGCACUCCAACACCCAGCCUCCAUGCUCCAAUCUGUCCUUUACAACAGCCCAGGUGAGGAAUGAGCUGAAGAAAAUCAAAGUGAAGAAAGCUGCGGGUCCAGAUGGCAUCAGUGCCAGGCUCCUCAAGUCCUGUGCAGAUCAGCUGUGCAGAGUAGUCGAGCACAUGUUUAACCUGACACCCAAAGGACCUAAACAGCGACAGACCAGUGGCACUGACUUCACAUUUGAUGAAAUCACUGGGGAGGCUGGUCCUUACCCAUCUCCGCCUCUGGUGAGCCCAUCCAUGGACCCUCUUCAGUUUGCUUACCAGCCUGGCGUUGGGGUGGAUGAUGCCAUCAUCCAUCUGUUACACGGAGCUCUUUCUCACCUGGAGAAACCUGGGAGCACUGUGAGAAUCACCUUCUUCGAUUUCUCCAGUGCUUUUAACACAAUACAGCCGGGGCUCCUGAAGGACAAACUGGAUCAUAUUGGAGUGGACAGUCACCUGUCCAAUUGGAUACUGGACUACCUCAGCAACCGACCACAGUAUGUGAGGGCAUGGGACUGUGUGUCUGAUAUGGUGGUCAGCAGCACAGGGGCCCCUCAGGGAACGGUCUUGGCACCAUUCCUCUUCACCCUGUACACGGCUGACUUCAUGUACAGAUCACCGGACUGUCACCUCCAGAAGUUCUCUGAUGACUCAGCGAUUGUCGGACUUAUAAACAAUGACGAGGACAGCGAGUACAGAGGACUGAUUCAGGACUUCGUGGACUGGUGUCUGCAGAAUCACCUCCAGUUAAACGUGGGAAAGACCAAAGAACUGGUGGUGGAUUUCCGCAGCUAUAACGAGAGCCAUGUCUUUCAAAAAGUUCCUCGACUUUUCAUCUUUAGAUAUUUCUCUGGGUUCUUUUGUGACCUACUGGAUGAGCCAUUUGGCGUUCUUGUGAUCAGGACCAGUUGUGCUCUCUUGGACAGAACCGUGGAGGAGAGUUUUCCGGUGCAGUUAUAUCCUAAUCAAUCAAAGCCAAAUGAAGAAAGUCAGGGUAUAUUUCAAACCCCAUCCAUUACCUCCUGCGAUUUUGAAUCUGCGUGUUCCUGGACUCUGUCCAAUCACAGUGAUCAUGGAGACUGGUUUGCUACAUCACCACAGCAACACAGAGUGGGCCAGCAGGAUGGACACCCUACUGUGGAUCAUUCAGUUGGAGAUUCAAAAGGUCACUUUCUGGUUCUAAGGCCUGGAUCAGAAUCUGGGAGUUGCACCUUUCACAUCACCAGUCCUGUAAUUCUAAACAGUGGCUUGUUGUGCCGGGUUCGACUGGCUUAUUUCCAGCUAGAGCCAAGCAUUGGAAACCUGUCUGUGUCCGUAAAGCCAAUCAACUCUGUGUUUGCGAAGUCAAACGUCUUCGUCCGCAAGGAAAAUGUUGGCAUGAGGGAAUCUUGGGAGGUGCUGGAAGCAUUAAUUGGAAAAGUGGAUGAACCCUUCAGAGUAACAGUGGAGUACACUUCUUGUAGUGGUCAUGAUGUUGGAUUGCUGGCAAUUGAUUCACUGGAGCUGAAGGACUGUAAUGGGGAGAGUGGUGAUAUAGAAAUAAGUCCAAGCUGUAAGGAGAAUUCAGAAUUCCACUGUGAUUUAGGGGGGUGUAUAGACAAAAGCAGAGUGUGUGAUUUCCACGUUGACUGUCCCCUCGGGGAGGAUGAGGGCUUCAUCUGUGAUAAGUUGCCAUUGGGUUCAUAUUGUUCAUUUGAGUCUGGUACCUGUGGGUGGUCAGUUUCUGAUAGACAGUCGUCUUGGAUGCUGUCAAGUGGAGAACAGCUUGCUGAAAGUGCUGACCUUUUAGGAACAACACUUCAAAACACACAAGGUCACUUCCUGUUUUUCAAGGUCAGAGAAAAUGCAAAUGACAAUGAAGCAUUUAUUUACAGUCCAGCUCUUCCUUCAACUCUAUCGAGCCGAGACUGUCAGCUGCACUUCUCCUUGUAUCUGUAUGGGGAUUUUAAUGGCACUGUGGUGCUGUCAGUAGUCGAGAACUUGACAUCAGUGACUCCUUUAAUCUGGCGGACUGGACAGUGGAAGGAUGACUGGCAAACUGUCACUUUACAGAUCAAAGAGCUUUUGAACGGUUUCCGUCUGAAAGUUCAUGCUCGGUGGAAUGAGGGCUCACAGGCAGACAUCGCAGUGGAUGACAUUUCUUUAAGUGCUGCGUGUUUUGACACAGAUCUAAGAGUGGGUCUACUAAGUCACGAACACAAUUCGGAAUCCAGUGAUAAGUUGGACUUCUUGAGCCCACUUCCUGAGCCAUCUGCAUUGGAGGCAUCCCAGAUGACAUGGUGGUUCACCUCAUGUGGGGCCAGUGGACCUUGGGGGCCAACUCAAGCCCAGUGUGACAGUGCUUAUCGCAACACCAAUGUUAGUGUUUUGGUGGGAAAAGAAGGCCCUCUUAGAGGUGUUCAAAUGUGGAGGGUGCCUGCUACCAACCGAUAUAAGCUUUCAGCAUACGGAGCUGCAGGAGGCAAAGGAGCAAAAAACCACAACAAACGCUCACACGGCGUUAUUAUUUCAGCCAUUUUCACACUAGAGAAAGGAGACGCCCUUUAUCUUCUAAUUGGUCAUCAGGGUGAAGAUGCUUGCCCAGGGAGGAACCCUCUUACCCACAGGGUUUGCCUGGGCGAAUCAUCUGUGAUUGAAGAUGGGUUUGAGGGUGAUGGCCAUGCCAUGGAAUGGGCUGGUGGUGGAGGUGGUGGUGGAGGUGCCACUUUCAUUUUUCGGAUGGAGAAUGGAAAGCCAGUACCUCUGUUAAUAGCAGCAGGUGGAGGAGGGAAGGCGUAUCUGGAGGACCCAGACAGCAGUUUGGACGAGAUCCCUUUGGAGCAGUAUGAGAACGACACGGUGACCGCUGGGCUCAGUGGCAGAACUGGAGCAGCAGGAGGAGGAGGUGGAUGGAAGGACUCCACCACUUACCUGUGGGCAGGAAAGUCUUUGUUUGAAGGUGCCGAAGGGGGCUCACCUUGCCCACAGGCCCUGUCCAAACUUGGGUGGGCAACUUUUGGAGGAUUCGGUGGAGGAGGAGGUGCCUGUACUGCUGGAGGAAGUGGAGGGGGAUACAGAGGUGGGGAUGCGUCCCACACUGAUGACAUCACAGCAGACGGGCAGGAUGGCAUUUCUUUCGUCCACCCCUCGGGGGAAUUAUUUCUGCAGCCUUUGGCAGCAAUGGAGAGUCACGGGGAGGCUGAGAUUGAAGUACACCUGAACUGCAGCCAUUGUCAGACUCAGAGCUGCAAACGGGAUAAAGACUCCAGGUUCAUCAUCUGCCUGUGUCAUAACGAAGAGCUGCUCGCACCAGAUAAUGUCACCUGCAUUGUACAAACACAGGGUUCUGUGGCAAAUGGACACCUGUCCCUGUCUCUGAUCAUGGCGGUGGUGGCGUCCACCCUGGUGACAGGCAUUGUGCUGACCUGUGCUUGCCUCAUUCUCAUGUACUACCGCAAGAAGAACCACCUCCACGCUGUCCGGGUACGUCUUCAAAGUCCUGAGCACAAACUGAGCAAGAUCCGUUCUACCACCAUCAUGACUGACUACAACCCAAACUACUGCUUUGCUGGCAAAGUAGCUUCAUUGAGUGAGCUGAAGGAGGUGCCACGCAAAAACAUCACCCUCCUCAGGGCUUUGGGUCACGGUGCUUUCGGGGAAGUAUAUGAAGGCCAGGUUUUCGGUAUGAAUGGAGAAAACACUGCUAUGCAGGUUGCUGUCAAGACUCUUCCAGAAAUCUGUUCUGAGCAAGAUGAGAUGGAUUUCCUCAUGGAGACACUAAUUAUGAGUAAGUUUAACCAUCAGAACAUAGUGUGCUGUAUCGGAGUCAGUCUGCAGAUCCUGCCUCGUUUUAUUCUUCUGGAGCUCAUGACCGGAGGAGACAUGAAGAGCUUUCUGAGACAGACUCGCCCCAAAGCUAAUCAGCCCUCGUCUCUGACUAUGCUGGAGCUGCUGCAAAUGGCCAGAGAUAUCGCAUUCGGCUGCCGAUACCUGGAGGAGAACCACUUUAUUCACAGAGACAUUGCUGCACGCAAUUGCCUGUUGACCUGUACCGGUCCAGAGAGGGUGGCCAAAAUUGGGGAUUUUGGAAUGGCCCGCGACAUAUACAGGGCCAGCUACUACAGGAAAGGUGGUCGAGCCAUGCUGCCAGUGAAAUGGAUGCCACCUGAGGCUUUUCUGGAGGGCAUUUUUACCUGCAAGACUGAUACAUGGUCAUUUGGGGUACUGCUGUGGGAGAUUUUCUCCCUGGGCUACAUGCCUUAUCCUUGUAGGACCAAUCAAGAGGUGCUGGAGUUCGUGACUAGUGGAGGACGCAUGGAUCCCCCGAAGAAGUGCCCAGGCCCUGUGUACCGGAUUAUGACACAGUGUUGGCAGCACUGCCCAGAACAUCGACCAAACUUCUCAGCUAUUUUAGAGAGGCUCAACUAUUGCACUCAGGACCCUGAUGUCAUAAACACCCCCCUUCCAGUUGAAUGUGGACCAGCUGCGGAUGAAGACAGUAGCACUGUUAUUCGUCCUGUAGCAUCUAGCAGCAUGAGUCCCCUUCUAAUAAGACAUUCCAUGUCACAGGAGCUACCUGUGCACCCUGGCAUCUUUCCUUCCAUCCCUCAGGUCUGCAAGCCCAGUCUGCUGCCGCAGUGGCCAUCACAUGUUCCUCAGGAGAUGGCCUCUAGCCACGAAGCUCUGGAGCCAUGCUGGACUGAGCCACUGUCUGCUCCAGGAGCCUGCUCUAGUUCUUGGCUCCAGGUUCCUGUACACCAGCCAUGCUCCAGAGCCAGCUCCUCCUCUGGCAGCCAAAAGCUGAAAAACAACACCAAGAACCUGUGGAACCCUACGUACGGUUCCUGGGUUCUAGAGAGCUUUGGACAGGGAAAAACAUCCCUGUUGCAGACCCAAUCCAUGCCUCUAUCUUCUACCUCCACCAUGAUGACUGCUUCUAUUGCUUCUAUUACCUCAGCCUCAGAGCACAACGACUCUGGGACAGAAACUAACGCUUCACCAUGCUCAAACACAUCACCAGCUCCCUCUCAGAUGAGCUCCAGUCCUUCAGGAUCUUGUUGUCUGACAACACAAAAAGUGUCAGCUGGUACUGCAGUUUACUCAAUUAGUGCUGCCAUGGACCUGGCCAAGCUGCACAGCUUCACUUGUGGCAACAUGAAUUACUCAUAUGAUGAGCAGAGCUACGAGGCAGAGACUCUGCCUUUUGUAGUUGCCAGAUCUUCAGAACCUAGCAGCUCUGCAGCCAGAUCUUCACUAACAGUGCUGAGCCUGGCCUCUUACUCUACCCACAAGCCAUUGAUCAAGCGUCACGCCAGCUAUGGACACGAAGAUGUCGGGAGCAAGCCUGAAAAACCCACACGAGACCGAGACUCAGGCUUCUCAUUAUCAGAAGAUCUGAGUGUUCCUUCUGUGUAG